CACGGCUUUCAAUUGCCUGGUCGUCCGAAAAGCACUGGCGAUCGGCUAGCUGGGCAAGCUUGCAAUGAACGUGAACACGUUCUCACGUGCACAGACACCGCAGCAGCUCGCAUACCUAGGCGAUGCUAUUUGGUCGCUCCAUGUACGCUGUGUGCAACUUGGUCAUCGUAGGAGGUUUGCCUCAUAUAGAGAAGCUGCCGAGCGACACGUUAGCGCAGCGCGGCAGGCGUCUUACUUGGACGCCUUGCUUGCAAAUGGUUGGAAGCUGAGCAGCGCCGAAACCCGCCUGGUGGAUUGGGCGCACCGCAGUACGACAGGGCUCUCGUUUCGGCCCCGUUACUCCGCCGCCGGAGGGCAACGGGACACCUACCGCAAGGCUACUGCGUUUGAAGCCCUGAUCGGCCACCUGUCUCUCGAGGACCCUUCCCGGCUGCAAGACCUGCUGCGGUUAUUGGAACCGCACAUGACCGAGUCGGAAGCGGAGUCGGCUUCGUAGCGUCCGAGCGCGCGCAGGCUUGUAAGCGGCGACAUGAGGGUGUUGUGCUUGGCGAUGAAUACUGUAGUCCGUAUGGCUUAGUUAAGUCCUUAUGGCUUAGUUACCAGGGCACAGUGCUUGCAGUAAUAGGAUGGGUAAGCACUCAUUGUCUAUUCACGCACAACAGGAUGUUGCUGCGGGGGCCUAUCAACUCUACCCUGCCUGUGAACUAUGUCGUUCUGGCCGUUUCUCGUGGCCUUUGCCCUGAUAAAUUGUGUUUGCAUCGGGGUUUGUAUAAUUGCUGUUCGUAUUAGCCCGUUGACACGGCGUGUGCUGUUAAUGUGUUGUUAUGUCAUCGAACGUCUUGGCCGUUGCAUUUUCGCCGUGCAACGACGUUCUGUGUUGUGCUAACAUAGUUGUUGACAUGCGGGAGAGAGAAUGGAGAACCCCAGUGGCUGGCAUCUGGCGCGAGGACGACGCAUGCAUGCAUGGUGGCAGUAGCGAACGGCCCGGAACGCAAGCUCAAAGGUGACUUGGGACGCCAGAGAACAUGUUUACUUAUGAUUUUGACGCAAGCUUGUUGAUUGCGGACUGGGGUGCAGCCGAACGACGGCCUCAAAACUAUGGCAUUUACCGUACGCCCCUACGUCUGCAUCAUUGUCUGCUACACUAUCGAUACACAUAUUACACAAGCGCAAAGUGCCAUUUUUUAUAGUCUGCGUACAGGCCGAUUGAUAUUUCUGUGACUUUUGCUUAAUACCGACUCUGCAUUAAGCAGCUCUACUUGGCACUGCAUACUAUCAAUAUUCACUCGUUAAUGCUUAAGGUGUAAUUGAGACGUAAACUGCGAAUUCGCUUGCCCAUUUAGUUUGUGGCCCCCGUUUUUCUCGUCGAGCCGGAACCAAUGUGGAGAGCGUCGUUGAAUUUGAAGACGGGAUGCAUAGAUUCCGUCAGACCGUACACCUCGAGUUACAGGCGAAGCUCCACGGUCUUUUUCACAACAGUUCGCCCUCCAGCGCAGCCGAACACCAGCACGCCCAUCCUCGUGGAGUCUUCGCCAAGUGAAAGGUGCCGCAGCGCCGUUGUAACGACUGCCACCGGUGGCCGGGGGAAACAGAAUGCCAGCCCGUCAGUUGCAGAGCAACCCGAGAAGCCCAUCGCCCGGUUGGCCAAGGUUCUGGCAGGCUGCGGCGUUGCCUCCCGCCGAGCCUGCGAAGCGCUCAUCGCGGAAGGCCGCGUGCGCGUGAACGGCCAGUUGAUUACGGAGCAGGGUACGACAGUGGAUCCACUUCGCGACCGAGUGGAAGUACGGCAACCGUCGCAGCCACGGCAGGGCAGCGGUCAGGAGGCUGCAGCGGGGGGCCGGGCGAAGGGCGCUGCUGCCGCACGUGACGCGAAGCAGCAGGGGCAGCGGGCCGGCAGUGGCGGCAAGCGGCAGACGGGGGUGGGGGCUGCUGCGGGGGCUGGGGCCGCUGCUGCUGCUGCAAAGGAGGAGGAGGGAAAGGAGGAGGAGGUGUGGAAGGGCGUGUCGAUUCGGCGCUACCAAGAGCCGGACAGCCUGUGCUACUUCGCUGUGAACAAGCCCAAGGGCUACAUCUGCUCCAGUGCCGAUGUGGGCGGUCGUGGCAAGCUGGCCAUCGAGCUGCUGCAGCCCUGGCUGGCGCAGUGGCGGCGGGAGCACAAGAACACGAGCCAGCUGCCUCCGCGGCUCUUCACCGUGGGUCGGCUGGACGUGGCUUCUAGCGGCCUCAUCUUCAUUACCAAUGACGGCCAGUGGGCCCAGCGCGUGAUCCACCCCUCCUCGGGCGUCACCAAGGAGUAUGUGGUGGGGCUGGGGCAGCCGGCGUCGCGGCCGCAGCUGCGGGCACUGGCGGCGGGCACCGAGGUGGCGGGCACCUUCAUCAGCCCCCUGGAGGUUGAGGUUCUGGGCGACCCGCGCCGGGUGCGGGUCGUGGUGCAGGAGGGCAAGAAACACGAGGUUCGCGAGCUGGUGUCAGCCGCGGGUCUGCAGCUGCUGUCGCUGCGGCGGGUGCGCAUCGGGGGAUACCGCCUGCCGCAGGACCUGGGGGUGGGGGGGUACAGGGCGCUCUCCCCGGCGGACCUGCGUCUGGUGACGGACGCGGGCGCGCAGGAGGCGGCCAGCGCGAGUGGGCAGACGAGGCAGCGGCAGCAGCAGCAGCAGGCGGCGCAGCGGCAGGCGGCGGCGCGGCGGGAGCUGCCGGCUGCACUGAGGGGGCUGCCGGCGGAGGUGGUGGAGAGGAUGAGGCUGGCGGGGAAGUGAUGAGGGAGGAGGGAGGAGGAGGAGGGAGAAUGGAAGGAAACGAGGGGGUGGAGGAGGAGGAGAGGAGGGGGAAGUAGUAGGUUGUCUGCGGGGGUGCUAACCCUGGGGGGGGGGUUGCCAACCCUGCCAGGUCCCUGAUCCGUGCACUGAUAAUGACACACGCGCAUGCAUGCUGCCGGAGUUCACAGCUCGCCCCUCACUGCAGCCAGUUACCUUCACACGCGUGUGCUCCUAAGGACGUAACGGAGGGCGGGCGCACUUGGAGUUGUGUCCGUACGGCGUACGGCAAGCGACUCCUGUUUGUUCACCUUGGUUGCAUGUCGCUGUUGCAUCAAGCAGAGUAGUAUUACCCACGGCUUGUUACUUAGGUCAAGCGGCGAACAUGACUGGCACGAUAUUGCGAUUGAGAGCAGUUUUGGUUCUCCCUUGGUGUUGUGUUUCGAG